AUGGGGGAAAAAUCGGGAUUACUGUGGGUCAAUUGUCGUCGUUCAUCAGUGAAAAGUGAAGGACUUGAUUUUUCAUCGGACAUUAAUGAUGAUAUAUUUAUAUCGCAUGAUGAUUAUAAUAUAAGAUGCAGUUCGGCUGAGAGAAAAACAUCAAAUCAAGAUGAAGAAAAAUAUUGGCUACCUGAAAUGGAAAAAUUUAAAUGUUCAAAAUGUAAAAAAUCAUUCCGUUGGAAAAUUGAUCUUGUUCAUCAUUUAAAAUUAUCGUGCGGUGGAAAUAAAUGUGAAUGUUGUCCGUUUUGUGAUUAUCGAACUGAUCGCAAAUGGAAUCUUAAAUCUCAUAUGAAACAUCCUAUAAGACGAAGAAGAUCACGUGGACAGGGACGUUAUACAUGUGAAACAUGUGGGAGAAGAUAUUACGAGGCGAAAAAUCUUAAAAGACAUGUUUUACACGAAUGUGGAAAGCGACCAAUUUUCCAAUCCGAGCUGAAAUAUGCCUUCAGAAAUGGAAAGCACACAUGCAUUGUUUGUUUUAAGUCCUAUAAACACAAACAUCAUCUCAAAAGACACAUCGAUUUUGAAUGUCAAGUUGAGCCCAAGUUUAUUUGUUCAUUUUGCCCUCAUAGAACGAGAUAUAAGGAAAGUUUAAUGAAACAUAUAUUGGCAAGACAUCAAGGUCUUUGGGAACAACAUACAUCGCAAUAUGAAAAUAAUGGCCAUUCACAAAUUUAUGACGCUUCAACAGAUCUUGAAACUUCUUUGCAAAUUUCAGAUUCUGUUUAUGAGACGUACAAUGAAUUCCAAUAAAAUAUGUAAAGAAAAAAAAAAAA